GCUGGGGGGGCUUUGAUGGUGCUUUUCCUGCAGCAUGAAGGGCGGGGCCUUCCUCCUCUCCUCCUCCUCCUCCUCCUCCUCUCCUUGUCUUUCGCUUUCGUUUUUCCUUCCUUCCUUCCUUCCUUCCUUCUCCUCUUCGGGGGUCUCAGGACCGGGACCCUGGCCCAAGCCAAGCCUCCUUCUUCCCCGGGGACGGAGAUACCUUCUCCUCGCGCCGGAUCCCGCUCAUCCGACGGUCCGCCUUAUGCCCGGAUGGAGAACACAUCCCCAGACUCUGAAGGCUACUUGCAUGAAAAUGAGCAGCUGGAAGACAACCUGCCAGGAUCGGUGUCCCAGGAGGCCACGGCUGAGCACCAGGACUCCCAGGCCAAGAGAGAGCAGAAGCUAAAGAAGAAAGUCUUCACCAUCCAGGUCCUGGUCACUGGGCGAACCGGUGGCUGCGAGGAUCUGUUCUUAGAGAACGUCUCUGGCCGCCUCUCCAAGAUCCACCUCAAGACGGAAAGUUAUCGAGAGGACUCCGGCCACUUCCUGCUGGUCUUCUGCCCGGUCUCCUCCCGGAUGGGCACCGACAUGCAGAAUGCGCUGGAGGAUCUCAAAGGUGAGCCAAAGGCAGUCUUGAUCGUGCUGCAUCACAGACUGAAAGAAUACGACCGCUUUCUGGACACCACGCUGCAGGCGCAUCACCCGGCCGUGGUGCGCACCGUCCACGCUUGCUACACGCUCGAAGGCGGCCUCUACGACUGCCAGAUGAACGAGGAGGCCGUGGCUGAUGUGGCCAAAGUCCUCAAGGUCCAUUACAAAGAGAUGGAGAAAGGGUCCUCGGACCCUGCGGCCAAGCCAUUUCCCCAGGCCCGACCGGCGACGAUGCAAGGAAUCGAGCGUCCGAGAGGCAACCCGCCAGACUCGGCCUCCCAGCAGGCAGAGAUCCACAGAUCGGAGCGUUGGCGGCUGAAGCAGAAGCUUCCGGAGGACAGAAGAGGCCAAAGGGAUGAAAGCUGGGAGCCAAGGAAGCAAAGAGGGUGGUUUUCAUGUUGCAAGAAAGGCUUCCCCAUCCAGGUUCUUGUCACCGGGCGGACUGAAAACUGUGAAGGCCAGUUCUUAUGGAGGGUCUCUCACCGCCUUGACAAAAUCCGUCUCAAGCCAGAGAGGUACCGAGAGGACUGUGGCCACUUCCUGCUGGUCUUCUGCCCCGUGACCUCCUCGGUGGACAUCGACAUGGCCAACGCUCUCGAGGGUCUCCACUGUGAGCCGGAGGCGAUCUUGGUGAUGCUGCACCACAAACCGAAGGAGAGCACCUCUUUUGUGGACACCACGAGGCAGGCGCAACACCGGGCCGUGGAGUGCACUGUACACGCUCGCUACACGCUUGAAGAUGGCUUCUACUGCUGCCAGACAAACAAGGAGGCUGUGGCCAUUGUGGCCCAAGUCCUAGAAGAGCGCCGCAAAAUGAUGAAAUCACAGGGCUGUUGCUAUUGAAGGAGAGCAAGUGCUUUGUGGACAACACCUGGCGCAACACCUGGCCACGUGGGCAGCAUGGAUCACGAGGGCUUCCACGCUUCAUCCGAAUCUCAGGAUCCGUAGAGCUUUAAAUGUGCUGCUAACCACUUAGGAGUCUCAUGAUUGAGAGAAAGGCGGGCUGUCAAGUAGAAGGAUGAUUGUGAUAUUAUUACAUUAAAAUGAUUAGAAUUGG